UGCUGUCAUAAACAGGCAGAUGAAAAUACAGAAUAACCUCACUGGAGCGGCCCUGACAGGGACAGUAUUCAGCAAGAACUAGUAUGGAUGUUGAUGACUGCAAUGGCCGAUCUUACAUAUCAGCUAGUGGAGACUCUUCAAUGGAAAGAGAGUUUUCUGGGGCCCUUGGAGGUCCAACAGUGAGCACCCCAAAUAGCAAAGAGAAUUCUCCUAGUCGCUCCCUCAGUGCCAACUCCAUUAAAGUGGAGCUGUACAGUGAUGAAGACCCAGGUCGUAGCACUGAGGAUGAAAGAGGGGAGCGGGUAGAAGAGGGUGGUCAGGAACAGGGAUCUGAGGCUGUGGGAGGCUACAGGGAGCUCACCAAUCCUGAAACCAUGCCAUCUGGAGCCACUAGACUGCCAAACGGAAAGCUCAAGUGUGACAUCUGCGGAAUGAUCUGCAUCGGGCCUAAUGUUCUCAUGGUGCACAAACGCAGCCACACAGGUGAGCGACCAUUUCAGUGUAAUCAGUGUGGCGCCUCUUUCACACAAAAGGGUAACUUGCUCCGCCACAUCAAGCUGCACUCGGGGGAGAAGCCCUUUAAAUGUCCCUUCUGCAGCUAUGCCUGUCGAAGACGAGAUGCACUUACUGGCCACCUUCGCACUCAUGCAGUGUCCUCUCCAACUGUAGGGAAGCCGUAUAAGUGCAGUUAUUGUGGCCGUAGUUACAAGCAGCAGAGCACCCUGGAGGAGCACCGCGAGCGCUGCCACAGUUACUUACAAAGCCUGGAGUCACAGCAGCCAAGCAGUGUGCAGAAUUCAGGAGAGGAGAUGAGAGAGUUAGAGUAUAUACCAGACUCUCUACUGCAGCCCUCCUCAGACAAGAUGACAUUUAUCGAUCGGCUCGCCAACAGCAUCACCAAACGCAAGAGAUCCACACCACAAAAAUUUGUAGGGCAGAAGCACAUACGCCUCAACCUUGCAGAUGCACCUUAUGAGCUCACUGCUGGUUUGGAUAAAGACGGAGACAUGCACGCAGGGGACCUCAAAGCCCCACACUUUACCAGUCUGGGAGGAGAAUACACGGGCGUAGCAGGUAACGGAGGAGGGGUAUCAGACACCCUGAGACCCCUACACCACUCCACCACUCACCCCUCAUGUUUGUCAGAACUCAGACCGAUCCACAGCUCCUCUCAUGCUCCCGUUGGUCUAGGCCCCAGAUUGGAUUGCACAGGGACAGGAGCUGGGCUGGGGGCUGUGGGUGUGGGGGGACGGGAGGCAGCCGAGGGUCACGAAGACCUGCCUGCUGGUCGAAGUCAUGCGCCCUCUCCUAGCAAUGGUUGCCAGGACUCUACGGACACAGAAAGCAUGCCAGAUGAGCCGUGCAACAGCACCGCUCCUACUGCGACCUUGCACAGUAACAACGGCCAUCAUCUCCUCCACUCAAACAACCAUCAUGCAGCACAUCCUCCCAUUGCACACCACAGGAGUCGUGACAGACGCAGCCCCAGCCACGCCAAAGACCGGGAGUUGGAGAGAGAGGAUGGAGGCCACUCAGCCCACCCAGCUCCUGCACACGCUCCAACCCCAAGCUCACCUACAGCGCCUUCCUCCACGUCCAGGGAGGCUUUUCGGGUUGUAGACGGGGAGGGACGAGCUGUGCGUUCUUUCCGUUGUGAGCACUGCCGUGUGCUUUUCUUAGACCACGUCAUGUUUACCAUCCACAUGGGCUGCCAUGGUUUUCGCCAGCCUUUUGAGUGCAACAUCUGUGGCCAUCGCAGCCAGGACCGUUAUGAGUUUUCUUCGCACAUUGUCCGUGGAGAGCACGUCCUUGACUGA